UGCUGUCCUGCAAGCCUGAAAGCCUUCUGUGUGUGUGUGUGUAUGUGUGUGUGUGUGUGUUCACUGUUCAUGGACUGAGGCAGAGGCAGUGACAUAUAUAUCAUGGAUGGUCCAGAAGUAAAGAGGAACAGACUGUAAAGUGCAUUUAAUCUUUAUUUUAUUUUAUUUCACCUAUAAAAACAGGAAUUUAGAUGAAACUCAUCACUAUAUGGAUAAAAUCCCAAUGUGUGGAUGUUUGUUGUAUUCUAAUAAGGAGGAUACGGACCGGAGCGAAUGACUGGUCUGAAGAAGGAACGUCAGAAGGUCUGAGAGACUUGUGAGGGAACGUCUUGCUCUCAUGCCGGUGAUGGGAACAUGUUUCAUGGACUUUCUACAGCAUUAAAUUCUGAGGAGUGUGUGUCUGUGAGAAGAUGUCUGGCCUCAUGUUCCUGCAGCAGGAUGUUGAGGAUCCAGUGGAACUGUGGUGGUUUGAUGAGCCAUGCAUCUCUCUGCUCUGCUACACCUCCUCUGUUGCACUGGUGCUUGGGCUCGGGAGUGGCGGCGUGGUGCUCCUGUCUUCAGCCAGCUCCGCGGAGCCGUCCUCGGCCGUGUGGCGCCUCAUCGUCGGCUCCACCCUCUGUGUCCUGGCUCUUGUACUCGUGCUCAAGCAGCUGCUUAGCUCGGCGGUGCAGGACAUGGGCUGUGUGCGCAGUCGGAGGCGCAUCGUGCAGCUGCGCAGCGGCGGAAGCGCAGACCCGUCUCUGCUGCUCGCUGUCGGCUUGGCGCUGAUGCUCGGCGGUGGCACGGUGCUGCUGUGCUUGGCCUCGUCACACAUGCUGCUCACAGGGUCGCUCCUCCUGACGUGUGGUGGCGCUGUGGUUCUGAGCGUGGGGGCAUACACAGCCAUGAAGUACCUGUGGGAACGAAGAGAACGGAGGAGGAGGAGGAGGAUACAGAGAAGGGUGAGGGUGUACACCGUGGCAGGACAGACGAGGCACGUGUGGAGAGACUCUGCGUCGAGUCAAGCCGGUCUGAUAUGAAUGGACAGGAAGGGUGAUGAUUUUCAGGUUCAGGGAAGAACCUCAGAUCUUCAGUCCAAGACCCUUUGGCUUACUGCUAUAGGAGAAGAUGAGUUAACUGUUAAGGUCAGAGUGUUUGUUGGUUUGAUUUACACAAUCACACUGUGGCCAAUAAGUUUUCUAUGGACAGUUAAUUAUCACAUUGUGCACAUGAUGGAGAAAAAAAUGUUCUCUGAACACACCACACCAAACAUAUGAAGAAAAGAAUCCUGUUAUCACUCGGUGGGUGGAAGAGACGGCUCUGUAUCUGUUACUGAGAAAUAUACUGAAUGGUUAAAUAUUCCAAUUUCUUUCAUUGAGUUAAAAGAUUUCUGCUCAACAGAAGAGUGUGGGAAAAAAUGGUUGAUAUUCAGACGUCUGCAAAUGAAGGUUGAAGUUUAAUAAGAACAUGACGCUGUUCUAGUAAAACACUACACUCCUGAGCUGCUGGAAGCUUCAGUAGUUAAGGUGAUGGACUAGUAUUCAGAAGGGCCUUUAACCCCAAACUGCUCAGCUGUAUAAGGAGAUAAAAUGUAAGUCGCUCUGGGUGAGGACGUCUGACAAAUUUUUAUAAUAGUAAAAUGGUAGUGACCAAUCAGGAUUCAGCAGCAGUUUUUUGUGUAAUGGUCUCUGCUACAUUCUGUUGUCUUCUUUAUGGACUGAUGAAAUGUUUUGAUGUUUUAUGUUCAGCACAUAGUGUACUAUUGACUUGUAUCACGUGAAUAUAAGAUCCACAAACAUGUAUAAACACUUUUAUUGUAUUAUUUCUGUAUGUUUUUGUGUAUUAUUUAUCCAUUUCUUACUAUGAGAUGACUGUAAUGUAAUGUAGGUAAAGUCCUCAAACCUGCAGCUUGUGCCAUUUGUUCAUUAACAGCAGUGGAAGCUCCUUCAUAAUGUAAGUCAUUAUAGAAAUCCUAAU